AUGGCUCCAGCUCAUUCUCCAUGUUGCAACAAGUCCCAGCCAUUGCGUGGUCCCUCUCAAGCGCUCACCGAUGAUACUUUGCUCGGGUGGCCGCCACGAGUUCCUCCUUUAUCAGGCACAUGUGUUGUUGCUGCCAGAGAGAAUCUGGAAGUCUUUGAUAAUGGUACCUUGGGAGGUAUUCGUAGUAGUAGUAAUCGGUACGGAGCUGUACUCGUGCCACAAGUCCACCGCAACGUGGCCGGGGACCUGCGCAAUGCCUCGUGCGAACAAAGCCCGCACGGUGCUCCGCAACGGGCCACGCGUGACAACUUUGCACACUCCCUCUCAGCAGACGUGAAGCCCGAAAAGGGUCCAGAACUGGCUUGGCUGGGCUGCACGCACUAUAUCGAGUCCCUGUCGAUUCGAGUAUCUGUCCUCGGUCGUACUCGUUUUCAGGUCGAGUGUACUGUGAUGAACCAGAACUCGAAUCCAGGCGGCACGCACCUUGAGGGCCGUGCCUAUGUACACUCUAGCGCAGUGGCCCAGCACACCUGGGCAGGUACUAACUGCACGGCGUGCUGUAGCGCCCUCUGGCAGCAUCGCAGCGCCUUCAAUGGGACGCAGGCUAGCGGGCUAGUGCGCUGCCCCACCACCCCCGGCGCCGCUGCUGGCAGGCAAGCAGGCUCUCGUGGCUCGUCCGCUCCUGCUUCCAGGCACUACUAG